UGUUAAUACAGCUGAACAGUGCACUCACAAACGACAUGGAGCGGGACCCUAAAAACAAAGUAGUUGUAGUGACAGGUGGAGCCGGAGGUAUAGGAUACGAGAUAGCUGACCAGUUUUUGAAGCACGAAAGUAAAACUGUGAUUUUAUUAGACCUUAACGAAAGUCUUGGAGCUGAUGCUGUGCAUAAACUGAAUGCCAAGUACGGUGAAGGUAAAUCCGUAUUUAUAAAAUGUGACGUCACAAAAGAUUUGGACAAAGUUUCCAGUGAAAUAUUCCAGAAAUAUCAAGUCGACGUUCUUGUAAACAAUGCUGGAAUAUUAGACGAGAGUAGUGCAAGAAGGACGCUUGAAAUAAACCUUAUGGCAUUAGUUGACUGGAGCAUGAAAUUUUGGGAGCACUGGAGGACUGAUAAUGGUGGUCGUGGUGGAACGGUGUAUAAUAUUGCGUCUAUUUAUGGAUACGAAUUUAAUCCAUAUGCUGUAUUCUACAAAACAUCAAAAAGUGCAGUGCUGAGUUUCACGAGAUCGCUAGGCCACCCAAUCAAUUAUAAGCGAACUGGUGUAAGAGUAAUUGCACUCUGUCCAGGUUUUACUGACACUGUUAUACUUACUGGUGAGACAUGGGAUUGGCACAAAGAAGGUUUCCAAAAAGUAAUGAAGGAAGAAGUUGUGAUGCAAAAACCUGAGACAGUUGGCGAGGCUGCUGUGCAGAUUUUCAAAUUAGCAAAUACAUCAGAAGCUUGGGUUGCUAAAAACAAUGAACCAAUAAAAUUGGUUGAAGUUACAAUUGAAGAAGUUUCCCCUUGAGCAUCGCAGUGAUUGGCAUAGAACUCAAAUUAUCUGUUUGUUCUUAUAAUUUUACAAGAAAUAUCUUACAAGAAAUUUGGGAGU